CUCAGGCACGCAGGCGGGGUGGGAGAGCCGCUCCGUCCCUCCUCUCGCUCGUCCUGGAGCCGCGCCCCGCUGCUGGCCUGGGAAGCGGCCUAGACCAUAGAGUCGAGCAGAAGUGUCUGAAACUUGGAAGUGACGAAACAUGUCUCAGUCAGGCGAAAAAGUGAAGUUCUCCGACUCAGCAGGCUAUGUGGGGUUUGCUAAUCUGCCCAACCAGGUUCACAGGAAAUCUGUGAAGAAGGGCUUUGAAUUCACAUUGAUGGUGGUUGGGGAGUCUGGCUUGGGAAAAUCCACACUGAUUAACAGUCUGUUCUUGACUGAUCUUUAUCCAGAACGUUAUAUUCCUGGAGCUGCAGAGAAAAUAGAGAGAACAGUUCAGAUUGAAGCUUCUACAGUAGAGAUCGAGGAGCGAGGGGUGAAACUGCGCCUUACAGUAGUUGACACACCAGGAUAUGGAGAUGCCAUUAACAGCCAGGACUGCUUCAAAACAAUUAUCCAGUACAUUGACAACCAGUUUGAAAGGUACCUUCAUGAUGAGAGUGGUCUGAACAGACGUCACAUUAUAGACAACAGAGUCCAUUGCUGCUUUUACUUCAUCUCUCCCUUUGGGCAUGGGCUGAAACCUUUAGAUGUAGAAUUCAUGAAGGCUCUGCACGGAAAAGUCAACAUUGUCCCUGUGAUUGCCAAGGCUGACACACUGACACUGAAGGAGAGAGAAAGGCUGAAGAGAAGAGUUCUGGAUGAGAUUUCUGAGCAUGGAAUUAGGAUUUAUCAGCUCCCCGAUGCAGAUUCUGAUGAAGAUGAGGAGUUUAAAGAACAAACCAGAGUUCUGAAGGCUAGCAUCCCCUUUGCUGUUAUUGGAUCCAAUCAACUUAUUGAGGUGAAAGGGAAAAAAAUCAGAGGCCGUCUGUAUCCCUGGGGAGUUGUUGAAGUUGAAAACCCAGAGCACAACGAUUUCCUUAAACUGCGCACAAUGCUGGUAACACACAUGCAGGACCUGCAGGAGGUCACCCAGGACUUGCACUAUGAGAACUUCCGUUCGGAGAGGCUGAAACGAACUGGCAAGCCUGUUGAAGAAGAAGUGGUAGAUAAGGAUAGAAUCCUCCAGCAGAAAGAGGCUGAGCUGCGCCGCAUGCAGGAGAUGAUCGCACAGAUGCAAGCCCAAAUGAGAAUGAAGCCUGGUGAUGAUUAAGGUGUUUAACAUCUGGAUGCAUCAGCAGCAUACAGGUCUCUAAGUGGAUGGGUGCAGUGUUUUCUUCGACCGAAUGGUAACGUUGAAAUGCAAAAGCCGGAUGCCACAGCUCAAGACCUGCGUGAAACACACAAAGUCUGAAGAUCGUGUUGUAAAACGGCUUGGCUUAUAUAUUCCAUGUUAAUCAAGUAUAUUGUAUCUCUAUUCUUUUGGUAACACUAUCUUCAUACUUAUCAAUGUGGGCUUAUUAUCCUUCCUCUACCCUUUUAUACCAAAACUGAUAGAGUACACUCUUUGGGCUAGUCGUCGUGCUGGGUUUGAGGAGUUAGUCGUGGAUCUGCUAGGUUACUGUGAGCAGUUUGUGAUAAAUACUGAAAGACUGGGUGGGCUGUUUACAGUAAACGUGUGUGUGUUUGCAGAAGUCACCUGCCCUUUGCAGUCAUUGUGUAUCAUCAUCAGUUCAUCCUAACUUUCUCUACGCUUUGGUUAGUUUUGAAGCUUCAUCUCUGGUGGUUUCUAUUUGUGUCAGCUAUGAGAAAACGUACAAACCACGGCUGAUUCACCAGUGAUGAAAAGAAGCUGACUUUCCUAAAUCAUCGUGCCUUAACAUGCCAUAAACACUGCACAUGCCAACAGCUCCUGGGGGCACCUCUGAAGGCUUGUCUUCGGGUCUCCAGCAUUGAUUGCAAGAAUCCCUGUCGCAGGCAUUUUGAUCUGUCAGCUGAGUGGUGGCAUGUACUGACCUUUUUAUACACCAGAACACUACUUUUCAUCGACGUUUUGUAAUAAAUCGUACGG